CCCUUUCUCUGUCUCUCAGGUUGUAUGCCUUGUUUUCUCUUACCUCUACCAGCCAUCUCUCUCCUCAAGAUUCAGAAGAGUGAGAAAUAGGUUCAGAGAAGCAACAAAAUGAGACCUGGUAGAACCCUCACCUCCACCGCAACAAAAAUCACCUCAUUUCCACCUCCAGCCAUCACGCAACAACGCUCGCCAUGGCACUCUCCGGUGCCUUACCUCUUUGGAGGUUUGGCUGCGAUGCUGGGCUUGAUUGCUUUUGCUUUGUUGAUCUUAGCUUGCUCUUAUUGGAGACUUUCUGGUCGUUUAGAUGAUAAUGAAGGUGGUGAUCAGAGAGAUCUUGAAAGUGGUAAUGAAAAAGAGGGAGAUGAAGGCAAGGCAGGGAAGAUAUAUGAGGAGAAGAUUUUAGUGAUAAUGGCUGGUGAUCAGAAGCCAACGUUCUUGGCCACUCCUGUCUCUAGCAGAGCUUCCUCUCUCGGUGAGAAAGAUGCCAAGAUUGAGAACAAAGAGGAAAUGAAGACAGAAAAUGGUGAUAAAACAAAGGAGGACAUUGGUAACCAUGUUCAGACGACUACAGCUGCAAUAGCAUCAGAACAACUGCAAGAAGAAGAAGGACAUAGAGAGACUCAAGAGACUGGACAAGCUCAGGAACAAAAUCAUUGAGCUGCUAUUUUUUCCCCCUCUCUGGAGAGGAUGGAUUUUGCUUUCAAGGAUCCAGAGAGCUCUCCUCUCAGUUUUCUUUUUAAUAUUUUUUUUUUUCUGUUGGGUUUUCGUUUUUGUUCCCUUUUUCGCCGGAAAGUGUACAUUUUUCUGAGAUUAAAUAGAUUUGAGCAUGAGAGAGUUUUCUUUCCA